GUGCUCUCGCUCUCCUUCCUUCGCAUUCUCUUCUCUUAGCUUCGCAUUCUCUCUCUCUCUCUCUCUCCAGCUUCCCCUGUGCGCGGAUUAGGGUUUCGCGGGCUGCGUCUCGCGCAUCGGAGCUCUCGCCGGCCGGAGUCGCCAGAUCAAGAAUCCCUGCAUUAUCUGGAACCCGAACAUAGACACCGUCCUUCUUAGGAUAGUAUUUGUGUGACGAGCCGUGGUGUGGACGGAUUAAUGACGUGAUUCGGGCUGUGUUCGUCUACGGUGAUUUUCGACUGAUUGUACAUGGUGAAAUCGGCGUCUGUCGUAUCAUCCUGCAUUGGUCCGGGGACUGCUUCUUCUGUCAUUUGCUUGUGGAAGGAAGUGUAGUCUGAUCAGAGAAAGUUUCGUGCAUCCAUGCUGGCAGAGAGCAUGCGUGGAAUCUUUGCUUCGGGUGAUGCCCCUGACAAGAUUUGUUACCGAAGCAUUCGGUGUGGUGACCAUUUGUCUGGUUGCUCUCUUGGUUCUCCUGGGUUUGCUAUGCACUAUCUACUCGUUUUACUUCAGGUCUCGCACUCGUAGCCCGGACUUCGUUCAACUCAGUUACUUUACGGGUCCUUGGGUCAUCCGGAUCACAUUCGUCCUGUUCUCGAUUGUGUGGGGUUUCGGUGAGAUUGUUCGUUUAAGCUUGCUCAGACAGAACGGGAGAGUGUUGGAUUCCGUUAGUUACAAAUGGCAGGAAACUUUUUGCGAGGGUUAUGUCGUCUCAAAUCUUGGUUUUGCAGAACCUUGCUUGUUCAUUACUCUUGUGUUUCUCCUUCGGGCACCUUUGCAGAGGAUGGAGUCAGGAAUCUUAAGCAGAAACUGGAAUGGAAAAACAAUCGGUUAUAUUCUUCUCUACUGCUUCCCAGUUUUUGUUCUUCAGCUCAUCAUCAUUCUGGUUGGACCGAAGUUAAGCAAGGUUAAAAGUACGAGUACUGGAGUUAAAAGUACUGGACGGAGAUUGCCGCAUUAUUUCACAAGCGCUAUGAAGAGGACUGAUGGUGUUGCGCUUUGCACUUACCCUUUAAUGAGUACUAUUAUUCUUGGGGUUCUUGCUUUUCUCCUAACUGCCUACUUAUUUUGGCUAGGAAGGCGGAUCCUAAAAUUAGUCAUUAAUAAGGGUCUGCAGAAAAGAGUAUACGCGCUGAUAUUCUCAGUUUCGGGUUUCCUUCCAUUAAGGAUCCUAUUACUUGGUUUAUCGGUUUUAUCUAAGCCAGAACAUAUUCUUUUUGAAGCUCUUGUGUUCUUGGCAUUUCUUUCCCUUUUCUGUUGUGCUGGGGUGUGUAUUUUCUUGCUGGUGUACUGCCCAGUGGCGGAUUCUUUAGCAUUGGGGAAGCUACAUGACUUGGAGCUGAGAAGAAGAGUUAGUGAUGAUCAGAAUGAGACUGUUUCACUCAUUGCCAAUCUGAGCCAUCUUGAGGAAAGUGGUAGAAUGAGCCCUUGCAGAAAUUCUGAGUCUUCUACCAAACGUGGAUCAAUUUCUUUUCGGACUUAUGGAAAGGAUGGCCCAUCAACAGCAACUUUUGUAGAGCUAAGUCUCUUCUCUCCUAGUCAAGAUGUGACCCCCCCUGGUUCACCUCCGCUGCUUGGCUGGCCGAUGCGUGCAUCUCCACAGGUUCAGGGACCUUCAAGCACUCGCGAAAAUCAAUUUUGUGGUGAUGACAACUGAUUGUAAAGGGUUUAGCUUUUAAUAAGGUUUUUAUUUGUCCUGCGUUUGUUUUCUGUUUUAGAUAUGGUUUUGCCUAAUGGAAGUAUAUCGUCAUUUGCCUUUUGUACCAUUAUGUAACCAAAUUUUAUCUGCAUUCUCUGAACGUAUAAUGGAGCAUUUCUUUGGCUGAA